AUGAGUUUAUAUCUGAACCUGCCUGGUCUUCUAUCUUCUACAGGGACCUUGGAGAUACACAUUUUGGGCUGUCAAGGCUUGCUAGAAAAUGUCCCAGGACGCCCUCGUGCUGCCACAACUCAUGGUAGCCCUGACACAAAGAACUUCAUACGCUACAAAACUGGAGGAAGCGGUUAUGGACGAGGAGGCUCAGAAGUGAUGUGCUUCCUGAAGGUUGAUAAUAAGCCAGUGGGACACACUGGUUGGGGUCCUGUACACAACCAGUGCUGGGAUCAGAGAUUUAGCAUUGAGCUGGAGAGGUCACGAGAAAUGGAGAUUUCCAUUCACUGGAGAGAUUGGCGAGAAUUGUGCGCCAUUCGUAUUGUGCGCCUGGAGGACUUCCUGGACAAUGAACGCCAUGGGGUGUGUCUGCAGAUGGAACCCCAAGGAAUGCUGUUUGCUGAGAUUAUGUUCUGUAAUCCUGUGAUCGAGAGGAGGGGCAAGGUACAGAGACAGAAGCGUAUAUUUCCCAAACAGAAAGGAAAGGAUUUCCUUCGUGCCACCCAAAUGAACAUCAACUUUGCUACAUGGGGCCGCUUAAUGAUGAGCAUUUUACCGCCAUGCGGCACCAUAACAACACUAAGCCCACCCCUUCCUGUCCCUACCCCUACAGAGAAUCAGGCAAAUUCUGCAAACUACAGUAAUAUUCCCAUAAAAAAGUUAGUAUUCACUGAUGAAUCCUCAUUAAAGCCUCCACUCAAACCUCCUCGAAUCUACUUACCACUUGAGUCUGAAAAAGUAGGGGCACCUAUGGACUCCUCGCCCAAAGUUCCAGCAAAGGUGAGUAAUAUUUGGUCAAAUAUUUCUUUUUACAGAAAACAUGUCCUUAACCUGGACGACUUCACCUGUAUUUCUGUGCUGGGAAGGGGGCACUUUGGAAAGGUCCUUCUGGCUGAAUAUAAGGAAACUGGAAAAUUGUAUGCGAUCAAAGCACUGAAAAAGCGUGAUAUCGUGAGCCGAGAUGAGUUUGAAAGUCUGCAGUGUGAGAAGCGCAUCUUCGAGGUGGUAAAUACUUCUGGACACCCCUUCCUGGUGAACUUAUUUGCCUGCUUUCAGACUCCAGAACACACCUGCUUUGUGAUGGAAUACAUGCCUGGCGGGGACCUGAUGAUGCACAUACAUGCCAAUGUCUUCUCGCAGCUAGCAACCAGAUUUUAUUCCGCUUGUGUGGUUCUUGGCCUCCAGUUUCUGCACGAGAAGAAAAUAAUUUACAGAGACUUGAAGCUGGACAAUCUGCUGAUGGAUUCCAGAGGGUUUGUGAAGAUUGCAGAUUUUGGACUCUGUAAAGAAGGUAUGGGAUAUGGGGACAGAACAAGUACAUUUUGUGGCACCCCAGAAUUCCUGGCACCAGAAGUGCUCACCGACACUUCUUACACCUAUGCAGUGGACUGGUGGGGGCUGGGCGUGCUCAUCUACGAGAUGCUGGUAGGAGAGUGUCCAUUCCCCGGUGAUGAUGAGGAGGAGGUGUUCGACAGCAUUGUGAAUGAAGAAGUGCGUUAUCCACGCUUCCUCUCUAGUGAAGCCAUCAAGCUUAUACGGAAGUUGCUGCGGAAAACACCGGAGCGCCGCUUGGGGGCUGGAAUUGGGGAUGCAGAAGAGAUAAAGACCCAACCUUUCUAUCAGGAGAUGGACUGGGAAGCACUUUAUACACAAAAGCUGCAGCCACCCUUCGUCCCAUCCCUAAAGGACCCUUAUGACGUGAAGAAUUUUGAUGAGGAAUUCACUGGACAGAAACCCAUACUGUCCCCAUCAGACGAUCCACGCCCUGUGACCGCCAUCGAUCAGAUCCUCUUUCAAGACUUUGACUUUGUCUCUGACCUACUUCUUGCAUGA